AUGACAAAAUCUAAGCCCAACCGUUCAGGAAGGGUGGAGACGGCCCCAUCCCCAUCUCCUUCUAUCGAGCGAGUCGACGUAAGCCAGGAACCAGCCUCCCAACUGAAGUCCCAGGACGGUCCGCCUACUACAGUGGUGGCAGCGCAACGACCGUGCCCACAACCCCUGAACAUGUCUGGCAACAACAUAAACACAACGCGCACCGUCGACAUACCACCCUACGAUGAUACCGAGUCUUUUACGGUUUGGCUCAGACGCGCGAAAUUCUAUUUGCGGGAGAUCUCAGAGGCCGACAGGCCCUGGACAUUACUGAAGGUCCUCGCGCCUAAACAGUUGGAUAAAGCGCUCGACGCUGGUCUCGACGCCGAUUUUCCCUUUGACGCGCUUUGCCAAUGCCUGGCCAACCUGUUCAGCCAUACGUACUCCUUCGGCGACGCAAUGGAACAGUUGCAGCAACGGAGAUUUAACCAGGACGAAACCCUAAACCAGCUUGUGGAGGAUCUGGAACGCCUGACGACUGUGGCAUUCCGCUCUUCGGGCUCCGCAGAUAAAGACAACACCGUACUUUAUUAUUUUAUUAAAGCACUGCCGGCAUCCGAGCUUUCACGCUCACUGUUGUUGCAGCCGCCGGACAGUUUACAAGAGGCCGUCACCAGGGCCGAACGCUACCUGCGAUUGUGCCCUUCAACCUCCCGUCCCCUUCUUCCUGAAGACGCACACGGUCGAGAUGCCCACCCUUCGUACUGGACACGGACGCCAGUGCCUUUGCCAUGGUAG